AAUAAAAGUGACGUCGCGCGCGUCUACCUGAAGAACUAGCUCGCGCAUCAGCGGGCUGUGUCUCAAAUCUCUCCUUGCGCCCUACAUCAGCGCACGAUUUAGGGGACGUCAUUACGCACUUUGAUACACUACCUAGUGCUGUUUGUGUGUAGUACGGAGUAAAUCGGGAUACGGGCCACGAAAGUACCCUAGCUACAAAUUUUAUGUGAUGAAGCGUGGUCGGACGGAGCAGAUCCAGCACGCCGUGGCACAGUACCUGAAGAGACGGCAGUAUGCGGACAUGGACAGUUCGCUGAAAGGGGCCAAGCUGUCUCAGUCAGCCGAGGAGAUGGCAGCCAACCUCAUGGUUCAGACAGAGUCCAGCUGUGGGAAUGUGGUUUCUGCAGCUCCGUGUCAGUCGGACCCUCAGCAGUACGAGACUCAGUUCUCCAGGUUACGCAGCUUUCUGAUGGAGGCGGAGAUGCCAUUGGGCCGGGAGGUGAGUUCCGUGCUCUUCCCUCUCUUCCUCUACCUGCACCUGGAUAUGGCGCGCUGUGGCCUGAAGGGUGCCGUCGACGCCUUCUUCAGUCGAUUCCACUCUUUCUUCCAGCAGGAUGCUGAGCAAAGGGCCAUCGUGGAGCAUCUCAGAGGCGUCGUCACGUUGCAGGAUGUGGCCUCCAACUCCAAACUGUGCUCUCUGUUGGAGCACAAGUACGUGGUGCAAUUGACAGACGAGGCCUACACGUAUCUGUUGCGCUUCCUCCAGAGUGAUGACAACAGCGCCCUCUGCAGAGUGCUCAGCACACAUCUACAGGUGGAGGUUUCUGCUGUGCGUCGCUCUGACUACCAGCUCUGCGGGGCGGGGCUUACUACAGGAAACUCCACCUCUAUGUCCUGUUCCGGCAGCUGGAUGGGCAUGGACGGGACAGAAGGUGCAGAGUCUGUAGACGUCACAGCGGGGUCACUGCCUCAAAAUGAGACUGCCCUGGAGGCACUUCAGGACUGCAUCAGGCGUGUGCGUGAGGGUCCUCCCUCCCUUACCACCGUCUGCUUCUACGCCUUCGAGAACACAGAGCAGCUGCUGAAUGCCGCAGAGGUGUCACCUGACAGCCGCUUGCUUGCUGCCGCCUUCGACAACUCCGCCCUCAAACUGUGGAGCCUCCGGGCCAGGAAGUUGAAGGCGGGGCCUUAUAAAGCCAACGUGUCCAAGAUACGCCUCGCCUGCGACCUAGUGGAGGAGGAGACAGAGGAGGAGGAGAUGGGGAGUGAGAUGAAGACCCUGCGCGGUCACAGCGGCCCGGUGUAUGGUGCGGCGUUCCUGCAUGACUCCACAGGUUUGCUUUCAUGCUCAGAGGACUGCACAGUAAGAUACUGGGAGCUGCGAGGUUUCAGCAACACUGCUGUGUACCGAGGCCAUGCCUACCCCGUAUGGGACAUAGCGGUAAGCCCCUGCGGUCUGUAUUUCUGCACGGCUUCACGCGACACCACUGCACGUCUCUGGAAUCCUGCUCGCACUCACCCGCUGCGACUCUACGCCGGACACCUGGCCGACGUCGACUGCGUGCACUUCCACCCAAACUCCAGCUACGUCGCUACCGGCUCGACCGACAGGACCGUCCGCCUGUGGAGCACGCAGCACGGCACCUCGGUGCGUUUACUGACAGGACACAGAGGCCCUGUACUGGCACUCGCCUUCUCACCCGACGGCAGGUAUCUGGUGUCUGCAGGUGAGGACCAGCGGUUGCGGUUGUGGGACUUGGCAGCUGGUGGCGUGCUGAAGGAACUGCGUGGACACAUGGGUGCUAUUACCAGCCUGGCGUUCAGCCCAGACAGCUCACUCAUUGCCUCGGCGGCUAUGGAUAACUCUGUGCGUAUUUGGGACGUUAGGAACGCCCACGGUGGGGGUGCGGUGUCUCCGGACGGCUCCAGCCCAGAGCUAGUCGGUGUUUACACGGGCGAGACAAACAGCGUCCUUAACGUCCAGUUCACCGCCUGCAACCUGCUGCUGGUCACCGGCACGGUGCAGGAGAAACCCGAGCAGUGAGCGAGACAGCAUUGUGUGCGUGUGUGUGGGCAGAACGUCUCUGUGGAGCACUCGGAUGCACUAAAUACACCCUCUACAUCUACGUCUGAUGGAGACUCUGUGUUUUUCUUUAAAAAAAAUAAAAUAAAAUAAAACUUCAGUUUAUAUCAGUCAAGCAGCUAGCUGUAAAUUUUAGUUAAAUCACAAAACUCUGAAUGUCACAAGAUGGUGUGUUCUAUUUCAGCGUCUCUCAGUAUUUCAUUUUGUUGUUUGAAAUUUUUAUAUCUAUAUUUUUUGUAUCGCUGUGCAGGAUUUUUUUUUUUAUAUCCUUCUAUCGGGGCAUGUUUAUGUUUAACACCACCUUUGAGAUAUUUGUUAUAGAUGAUACGUAACGUCUCAGAAUGAAGAAUAAACUCUGCAGAUGUUCUGACUAAAGGCAAAACAUUCCUUUAUUGUCUGGA